AGCUAUCGAUAUAUCAACAUUAUAACAACAACCCUGUUCCCAAGACAAAUAUAAUUUUUUUUGGCAUAAAAUCGAAGCAAAAAAUACGUCAAUUGUGUGAUACAAACGUAAUAUUACUACGGCAGCUAGCGCGGCAGUUAAGUGUGAUAUUUCGUACAUGUGACGGACAGUCAAAUGCAUUCGAUAUUGUGCUGCACAGUGUAAAGCGGGUUUUUUUCUCUCGUUGGUUUUACCAACACAAAAGGAAACUAAGAAACUACAGAGCAUACAACAAAAGAGAGCGCAGAAAACAGAACAAACAUACAGAGGCAGUAACAACAAUAACAGCAGCAACAACAACAACAAAAGCAAAAUGGCUGCUCAACAGCAGCUAUUGGCUUUGAUGUCAUCUUUGUACGAUCUAUCAUUGAUUGCGGUUGUCAACAGCCUGGACCUCAAGGUGCCAGCCCUGGAGCGCAUCAGUAAAUUGCCGGAGUUGCCCCGCAAUCUCCUCAUUGAUGUCUAUGAGCUGAUGUCAAAGCGCGAGGAUCUCAAGGACACACUCUUGGAGGAGCUUUCCAACUUGGAUGUAUUCAAUUGCCUGGUGCAUUACACGUCGGAACGCGGUCAGCUGCUGCGUAUUGUGGCAGCAUUGAUGGCCAGCAACAAACCGUUGCCGCGUCGCCUUAGCGAUGCUUAUGUGGGACGCUUUGGGCUGCCACAGAUGCCACAAGUUGAGGCACAGAUGCCACAAGUUGAGGCACAGAUGCCACAAGCUGAGACACAGAUGCCACCACAGACUGAGGCAGUCAAUAUUGAACAGGCUGAUGAUGAUAAAUUGGCCAAGCAGCCAAGCCAGCUCAAGUUUAAAUACGAAUACGAUGACAUUGCCAUUCCCAGCUGCAGCAACAACAGCUACAGUGCUGCCACAGAGCUGGCAAAAGUGCAACAACAACAACAACAACAACAGUUGGAGCCACUGUCGCCACAGGAUGGACUGGCCAUUGAUUUGGGUCUGCGACUCGGUAGCUUUCUAUCCGAGGCAGGUUGGAUGCAGGAGAGCAUCUCGGUGUUGUCGUGCCUUAACGAAAGACUGAAGCAGAUGAAACCCUUUAAGAAUCAGCUGGUUACGCGUCUCGAUUGCCUGCAGCGUCUACUCUAUGCGGAAUCAUCACACUGCAAUUUUAAAUUGGCACAACAAACAUUCGCUGAGCUGAUGGGACUGAAUCCCGUAAUAAAUGAAAGAGUGCCGUGUCCAUUAAUUGCCAUGGUCUAUACACAAAUCUCGUCCAUGUUCUUUGCCCGUAACGAGUACCACAACAGUCACUUGUGGAGCGUGAAGGCUCUGCACUACUUGGAAAUGACAGCACCCUCACGCGUCUGCAUUGAUGUGCUGCGCCAGGCGGCCAAGGCGUGUGUGGUCAAACGGGAUUUUUCCCGGGCCAAUUUACUCAUCUGCCAGGCGGUUCGACGUGCCCGUGAGACCUUUGGUCCAAAUCAUCAAAAGUACGGCGAUGCUCUGCUGGAUUAUGGAUUCUUCUUGCUGAAUGUGGACUCUGUAUAUCAGUCGGUGAAUGUGUACAAGGAAGCGUUGACCGUGCGUCGCGGCAUCUUUGGGAAUAUGAACUUCCAUGUGGCGAUUGCACAUGAGGAUCUAUCGUAUGCUUAUUAUGUGCAUGAAUAUAGCACUGGGGAUUUCAGUUGCGCCCAGGAUCAUGUCGAUAAGGCGGUGAAUAUUAUGAAAAAUCUGGUGCCAAGCAAUCAUUUGAUGUUGGCAUCGGCCAAACGUGUCAAGGCACUGUUGCUGGAGGAGAUUGCACUCGAUAAGAUCGCCGAUGGCAUGGAUGAGGAGGAUCUGCUCUUGCAAUCCGAGGAGCUGCACAAUUUCGCCUUGCAACUAUCGCUGGAGGUGUUCGGUGAGGUGAAUGUGCAAACGGCCAAACAUUAUGGCAAUCUGGGGCGUUUAUAUCAAACAAUGAAUCGGUUCGAUGAGGCCGAACGUAUGCAUCAAAAGGCAAUCAAGAUUAAAACCCAUCUACUCGGUCCCUAUGACUACGAAGUGGGUCUAUCAAUUGGCCAUCUCGCCUCGCUCUACAACUAUCAAAUGAAAAAGUUCCGACAGGCUGAGGAUCUUUAUCUGCGCAGCAUUGAUAUAAGCCUGCGCUUAUUUGGACGUACUUACUCUGGCUUGGAGUAUGAUUAUCUGGGACUGUGCCAUGUCUAUGAGACACUCCAUGAAUUUGAAAAGUAUUUACGCUAUGCUCACAUUCUCGAAACCUGGCAACUAUUGCGCGGUCAAAAUCUAACACAAAACAAGUCCAGCUAUCCAGCGAUUGAGGAGGACUUUACCAUUGAGCAAGUGAAGACCAAGUUUUUCAAUAUGAAAUCGCACAAGAAUGAAGAAGCCUCAGGUUCCACAUCGUCCGAGGAGCCGAGCAAUAAUUGAAAGCGGACCAAGCGGCAAUAUGUCAUUGCUUAGGUGUUGCAAUAAACACACACACACACACACAUACAACACAACACAACACUCACACACACUAAAAAAUUCUCAUAUACAACUUACACUUACAUUUAUUAUACUUUAGCUUAAAGCGCAAAUCAAUUUUGUUAACAAAUUUGGCAAGAGAGCAAAAAGCAAUUUGCCAUGACAACAACAGCAAAAACAACAACAACAAACAAUUCAAUUGGAUAACGUUUUGCGCCUCUCAACGUCCACGUGAAAUAUCUUAAUUUCUUUUAUGAGUUAAUUAUAUUUUUGUCGUUUUAAUGUAACUAUGCAAGAAUUAUAGUUUAUGUCACGUCGUCUAAAGAAGAUGAAAUUCAGCACUCUCGUUUUGUUAUAAUUAUCUUUUCUUUUGUUUAUAUACUUUAAUAUAU